AUGUCUGAUGGCGGUUCUGAAAGUCAAGGCGGAUUACGAAAUCCUCCUAAUCGACCUCCCAAGUGUACUUGGACGUUGGGCUCCAGUGCUAAGUCACCGCAUCAUCACGAAGUUCGAAAAAUCAAUAACAAAAUUAGCCAGACAAUAUUAGAAAAUAUCGGCUUUACGCCUAUUGUUAGAUUAAAUAAAAUUGAAAAGAAGUUUGGUUUAAAAUGCAAUCUACUAGCUAAAUGCGAGUUUAUGAAUCCUGGUGGUUCUGUUAAGGAUCGUAUUGCUUUACGUAUGGUAGAAGAAGCAGAGAGAGAAGGAAAAAUUAAACCGGGGUACACGAUAAUAGAACCUACCUCAGGAAAUACCGGCAUUGGUUUAGCCCUCGUUGCGGUUGUUAAAGGCUACCGAUGUAUCAUUACUAUGCCGGAUAAAAUGAGCAUAAAUAAGGAUUCCAUGUUAAAGGCUCUAGGGGCUGAAGUUAUUCGUUGUUCGAGUAAUGUUAGCUUUGAUUCGCCAGAAUCCUUUUUUGGGGUUGCUGAUAAAUUACAGAAAAAAACCGAAAAUGCUAUUAUCUUAAAUCAGUUCGCCAAUCCUAGCAAUUCAUUGGCUCAUUAUGAUAAUAUUGCUGAAGAAUUAUUAAAUCAGUGUGAUGGCAAAAUUGAUGUUUUGGUUGCUGGAGCCGGAACAUGUGGAACUCUUACUGGUAUCGGUCGGAAAUUAAAAGAAAGGAUAAAAGAUGUUAAGAUUAUCGGAGUAGAUCCACUAAGAUCAGUCCCUAGUUCUACAGAAUACAAAGUAGAGGGUAUUGGUAUAAGCUUCAUUCCUACUGUUCUUGACCGAACUAUUGUGGAUCAGUGGCAUAGAUGUAAUGACAAGGAUUCUUUCCAGUGUGCUAGAUAUUUAAUUCAAGAGGAGGGUUUACUGUGUGGCGGUUCUAGUGGCAGUGCCCUCUCAAUAGCACUGCUUCUUGCCAAAGACUUAAGUGAAGAUCAAACUUGCGUAGUCAUUCUUCCAGACUCUAUUCACAAUUAUAUGAGCACAUUCAUCAACGAUGACUGGAUGAUAGAGAAAGGAUUUAUGGAAGAUCCGUCUACAGCGAAUGAUUUGAAGCCCUGGUGGUGGGACUUACCAAUUAGCAGACUCAGUAUCUCCACCCCUUCAGCCAUUACACCUAACGUAACUAUUGGUGAAGUUAUUAGAAUUAUGAAAAGAGAUUUAUGUAAUCAAUUACUGGUUAUUGAUGAAUUAGGUAUUCCAGUCAGUGUUGCAACACGUGAUAGUGUUGUUACUUCAUUAAUAGAAGGGAAAGUUAGUAGUACUGAUCCAAUUUCUGUCAUGGCCAACAAACGAUUUAAUACGAUUUUCUUAGAGAAAACCUUAGGAGAACUAUCACGUAUUUUGAAGUGCGGCCAUUAUGCUUUGGUUGUCUACGAUCAAAAAAAUGAUUGUAAGGAUGUUACGGGGAGACAAUCCACAUAUGGAAUAGUUACAAGCAUAGACCUUGCUGAAUUCUUGGCUUCAUCUGAAAGUGGUUAA